CCGGGGCGCGUGCGAUUGCAUCAUGGACCUGGCGACCGCUUUUUACGCCGCUUAAGGGAAUCACAUUCGACUUCAGCUCGGUAAGAAACCUGCCCUCUCUAAGUGGAGCAAAAGUUUAUAAAACCGAGGACCGCGACCGACGCGUCUCUAGUUCGGUCCAGGACUCUCGAUCUAUUGGUCGUCGCGAAAUCCCAAAAAGGAAGGAAGGAAAUCAUGUUCAGGCUAUUGAUACCAUGUCUGAUAUGGCUGUCGACGGUGCGCUCGGACACCGGGAUGCACACGGCCAUGCCAGACGGGAUGCCGUCAGAAACGGAGAAGAUGUCUGACUCGAUGUUACUGAAAGCAAAGAGGGACUCCAUCCAUCAGCCCUGCGGACCCGUCUACCCUGCGCACGUGCCCGCUUAUUCACCGCCGCCCGUCUACGCUAAACCCUACGUCCAGCAGACCUACCUGAAAAAGGAGCUGGGCGUAGCUCCGUCUCACCUAUCUCACCUGCAGUACAUCCAACAACCACCAGCCUACGCCACCGUGGUGGCCAAACCGAGUGUCACAUAUGUGAAGCCGGCAGCACCAGCAGUCAACUAUCACAACCCGCACCAAUCGGUGCAAUACAUCAAGCCGAUAGCACCGGUCUAUCAUAAACCCAUGUUGUCGUACGCGCCGAUCUACCAGAAGCCGCUGUACUACGCCCCCAUGUAUCACGGACCGAUGUACCAUGAUCACGCGAUGCCGAAGAUCUUCCUGAAGAAGUACGACGUGCCGCAGGUAGUGGCGCCGAUCUACCAGAAGCCGCUGGUACACGCUCCUGCGAUCCAGUAUGCGACGCCGAAGGUCGUCCAGGUGCAGGCGCCUCAGGUGUCUUACGUGAAGCCUGUGGUACACUCCUCGCCGCACGUCCACAUCCCGCCGGUUCACAAUCCUGUUAUAGUUAAUCCGCAUUGCGUAUAAGUUGAUGGAUCGAUCAUCGUAAUCUGAUAAUUGAUCGAUGGAGUCUUCCGGAAAAUUCGAAAAUGAAUGCAUUGAUGAUGGAUGAUUGGGAUUAUUUCCCGUUUUGUAAUCUGGUUCGUAAUUUUCGAAAAGCGAAAAGUUAAGUAGAUGAGUUAUAAUGGAAAAUUUGGGAGGUUGUAUGUAAAAAUUGUAAGGAGAUAAAGCAAUGCGUUAAUAUAGCGGCAGGAUUUAUUGAUACGUAUUGCUAUCACAAUGGAAGAAAGCGGAUCUGUCACGAUCAGCGGGGAAAUUUAACCGAGGCUGCAAUAAAAUUACUUUUCUUUUUCA